AUGAAAGAGAUAUAUGACAUGGAUCCAAGGGCAUACAACAGUGCUGUGAACUACUCUCUUGAUCAAUGGGCAAAUGCAUUCUUCCCGGGAAUAAGGUAUGAGCACGUAACAUCUAAUGUCGCUGAGUCUUUUAAUAAUUGGAUAAGGGAGGCUAGAAUGCUACGGAUUCUACAAAUGGUUGAGCAUAUUCGUAAACAGAUAAUGGUCCGAAUGAGUAAUCGCCGGUUACUUGCAGAUAAAUGGGUUGGAUAUCUCUGUCCACAAGCAGAGAUGGUGCUUAAAGAAAAUAUAGAGAAAGGUCGUCCAUUGGAUGUUAAGCAAGCUGCAGCUGACAUAUUUGAAGUGCAAGCACAUAAAACUACCCGCGUUGAUUUGGAGAAGAAGACAUGCACUUGCCGUGCUUGGGACGUCAUGCGGAUUCCGUGUAAACAUGCAUGUGCAGUCAUCUCGUACAUGAAGAGAGACAUUUACCAAUAUUGCGAUUGGUUUAUGUCCAUAGAAGCAUUUAAAAAGAGCUAUGACCCGAUUCUCUAUCCUAUACCAGAUUAUGAGAAACGAAGCGUGCCAAGGGAUGAGAUCGAGCUACUUCCACCACAUACUAUCAAAAGAAAGGGGAGAAAUAAAACAAGACGUAUCAACAAUCGAACAGUGUACAAACGACCUUUGAAAUGCUCUCGAUGCCACUCCGAAGGCCACAACCGCGCAACUUGCAAUGAGCCGAUCGCCGAUUGA